AUGAUAAGGAGUAGCUUGAUAUUCCGCUACUCUGGAGCACCCAACUCUGGCAGUCGGCGUGGUGUGAGCUUUGCAUUAGGCAGUCGAUGGUACUCUUCUGGGAAAGGUGACAAAGUCAAUCCAAAGGACAAGAACCAGGGUGAUGACGAGAGCGACAAGAGUUCAAGUGAUGGUAGCGAGGCCUUGGCUGCCCCGAAAAAUUCUCCACACCCACUGGUUUCUGAUUUCUCAGCACCUCGCCCAACCUCUGGUCUGGCUCCAAUGCCCGACGGUAUACAGCUUUCCAAGCCUAAGAGAAAGUACGUUCCAAGACCAGAGUACGAAAGAGUCACAUUUGAGUACCCCAGACCAGAGCACCCGGCUGAAACCCUGAGAGAAACCAUACGGCAGAAGUACACCAAAACUUCAUGGCACAGAGUGAUGCCGUCAGUCCUAACGGCUGUGGUAUUUGGUUGGAUAUUUUACACAGGUUAUUCGGUGCUUCCACACGACGAUCCACACACAGAAUUGUUGAACAAGGAUACGUUUCUGAGAUACUAUGUUACUUACAAACAAAAGGUGGAUGACGACCAUUACUUGAUCGAAUUGUCUAGAGAGCUGAGAAGUUCUGUCGUUUCCAAGGUCGGGUUCCGGUCGUCUAUGUGGGAUGGUAAAAACCUUUGGAGUGUCGAGAUCGCGAAGCCUGAUAUUAAUGUCACAAGGAACUACACUCCGCUUCCUCUUUAUGUUGCGGGUGUUGACCCAGACUCUGGGGAGCCUCAUAUGAGAAUGGCCCGUAACGAGUUGGAAGAUGGAAAAUUCAUACUUUACGUGAAGAAGUACGGUGACGGGGAAGUAUCCAAGUGGCUGACGGGUUUAAAUCUUCUCGCCGAAGUCCAGGUCAGAGGGCCUAUUAUUGAGCAUGAAUUUGGUUUCCAUCCACUCGACAAAUUUGACGAGAGACCUCAAAUGAGUUACAUUCCUAGUGAGACUCCACCUGAUCCUGAAUACCCUACCCAUGUUCCCAAACCAGAUAAAUACGUAUACUACGGUGCCGGAACUGGAAUUGCCCCGAUUCUUCAAGCUCUUUAUUCCAGGAAUCCCCCAAAAGGUUUCGUGGAAGUGUACUAUUCAUUGCGGAAAGAAUCUGAGGUACCAGCUCAGAUACGGAGAUUCAACUACUUCUUGGAGAAGCUGGGACGUGCUAAGUUUCACUACAUCUACAGCUCUGAGGGAAAAAUGCUCAUGCCAGAUGAUGUUCCCAAACCGACUCUGUCUACUUUCAACGGAUACAGAGAUCUUACGGUGGCUAGGGAGAUCCUGAAACAGAAGCUGUUAAAGGAGAAGCUGAAGGAAGUGCAGAGCGAGAAGGAAGCAGGUGGUGUCAAAAUGACCACAGCAGAGAAACACGAUAUAGAGCUUCAGAUCAACACAGACGUGACGAAUACGGCCGACACUGAAGUGAUCAAAGCUACACUCCCUCCAAGGGUGACAACUGAGGAACCAUUGGGUCAGGAAUCCAUUGAACAGAAGGGCUCCAGGUUCGGGCUCUCCAAUAUCACCGCGUCCAUCUCCUCAUUGCUACAUAUCGCACCAAAACUGGAUCCGAAUGAGCUGCCUGAGAACGCAUUGCAACAAUAUCAUAUUGAGAAGAGAGAGCUCGAGCGUCGUAGACCUGCGUGGGCACUCGUGUGUGGUCCUGCUGGUUACGUGAACUAUGUUAGUGGAGAACCACAUAUCAACCCUGAAGUCAUGGAAGAUGAUGCGGAAAUCGGUGGCCUGUUGAAAGACAAAGGAUGGGAUAAGAAACACGUGAAAAGAUUGGUGUAA